UAAGGUCUUGGAUGCUGCUAUAGUACUGCAAGAAUGGCGGGGCUGCCAUCAAUAAUUUUAGUAUUUCUCACCUUCCUUAGUGUUUACCUCUAUGGGAUAAACGGAAGACCAAACAAUUUGGAAGAUGUGUCUGCAGCCGAGAAUCGAAUAACCUUCGAAGGGAACAACUUGAUAAAAAAAUCAAAAACAAAAAGUGGCGAGCAGGAAAAAGGUAGGUCUUAAAAAAAACGAACUUUGAAUACUUCUCUUCCAUAGCCUUUUUUGAUUUCCAUGAGUUUCUCCUUAGCGUUAAAAUUAACUAGAUCCAAUAACAAUUAUUUCAUAGCCCUGAUCACAGAGGUUUUUCCUGUAAUGUUGUUUUUAAGCAAAAAUCAUCACACGCAAUAGUUCAAUUCCCCUAAUUAAACGGAUUUUGGAGAAAUUCAUAGUUUCCUUUGACUUAUUUAGUUUUGUUGAUUAUCCGUUUACCUGUUAUCUGAGUCUCCUUUCUUUGUUUGUUAUUUCAAUACGAAGUAAAAAAUCGUUCUAUCAACAUGCUUAUUUUUUGCUUACAUCUUUUUGUUGCAACUCAGACGAAAGCAGAUCUGCCUUCUAUUAGGUGCUAAAUUUAUUUUGAAGUUUAGACGAAUAGAUUCAUGGCAAAUCAAAGGUAAUUCGAAAAAAUAUUUUUUGUUAACAAAUAACACAUUCAACUGCUUAAUUGAAUACACUAGCCACCCGCGAUAAUGUGUCUUCCAAACAAAGAUGACAGGUUGGCAUUUAGCUGACUGGUUGAGUGGUUCUUUAUAAUCUGCCUUACGAACUGUCUUUAUUGUGAAAGCAACAUGCAUGCUCCAUCAAGCGACCUCACAUAAAAUUUGGUUGAUUUCCGACACUUAAAUCUCUGUGCGUGCAACUAACUGAUGAAGAGAAAACUUUGUCGAUAUGUGCCAAAGGUAUUCUAGCUUUGUACUUUAAGCUUCUUUUACAAAGGUUUAAAAGAACAGGGGAGUAAUUAGCACUGUCAAUCUUACGUUGACAUUUUAUCAACGAUGCCAUUUCCCUGUUAGGAGUAUUUAAUAAAAAAAUAAGACACUUACCUCGUUAUAUACAUAUUUCUUUUUGCCAGGCCGGAAUUCGCACAGGGGAAAUAAAAAGCAAGUCAUUGAUGCGUUUCAUCUUGGUCCUUACCAUCACGGCCAUCCUUGGGGCACCAUGUCUCAUUGGCCUGGGUAUCACUGGGGAGGUGGGCAUCAUGGUGGGUGGACCGGGUACCCAAUUCUUGGAGGAUGGCAUAGAUCUCAUAUCUCUAAAAAGGGAAGUAAACCGUCAGCACACAAGUCAGCUUUAAAGCGCCAAAUGUUGUCUGCGUAUACUUACCCUAUGGCUGGGGCAGUCUACCCGUACCUAGGGUUUGCCGCAGUCCCGUUUACCCCCGCACCCUUUGCCUGGGGAUAUGGCAUGUACCGUUCAAGUAUUCCAGAGGUAAUAUCACAAGGAUUUACCAGGUCUUCCGUGAAAGGUCCUACUGCAAACAAAAGAUGGUGGCCCGGAUACAUGGGAGGAUGGGGAGGAUGGGGCAUAGGAAAUUCAGGUUACCCAGGGUGGGGGCCGUUGGGUGACGACAUUUGGGGACGUAGUUUUGAUCUUGCUGACCCUGGUCAUGGAUGGGGCGUUGACAUUGGUGGUACUUACCAUCCGUUUCUGCGAGCUGAGAUUCCCGGGAGAAACAACGACAAAGAAAAUAAAGCAGACAAGCGUUGGUGGCCUGGAUACAUGGGUGGCUGGGGAGGAUGGGGUUUAGGUAAUACUGGUUAUCCAGGAUGGGGGCCUUUGGGAGCUGAUUUAGCUCAUGGGUUCAAUCCCUAUGGCUAUGGCCACGGAUUAGGUCACUUCGGGUAUGGAUAUGGAUUGGGGCCUGACGGAUUUGGUCAUGGAUUUGGUUUAGGAUAUGGUUACAGUCAUGGUUUGGGGCUUGGUUACCGUAGGGAUACUUCUGGCAAAAAGGGAGCAAAAGCGGAAGAAGGCCCCAAACGGCAAUUUAUACACGGACCAUAUGGAGCGCUUGACCACCCGUGGGAUGACUAUGGAUUCGGAUUUCCAUAUGGACCAUACGGAAGUUUUGGCUCCCCUUUCCUUGGCCAUGGAGCGUACGUUCCCUAUCCAGAAGCACUUUACGGGGGUUAUCCCCAGUGGGGCUAUGGUGCGUACCCCUUUUUCAACAGUUUCCAUAUGGGUCACAACUUUUACAAAUCAAAUAUCCCAAGCAAAGACUCUAAAAAAGUGAGAAAAGAGCGCAAAAAAGAAGAAGGAGCCAUAGGACGCCACCUUGUCCAUAACUUUCAUCCAGGAAGAUAUGGAUGGGGAGGAGCUUUAUAUCCUGGUCAUGGCUAUCACAGCGUCUUUCCUUUACUCGGAGCUUUCACCUACGGCGGUCUCUAUGGGGGUUAUUAUGGCCCUUAUGGACCUCCGCGAGGUGCAUUUGGCCCAUAUCAUAGGUCCAAGGUCCCUGAUUCACCAGAAAAUGCCAAUAGUAGACAAGUAGUUAACUAUCACCCUGGCUGCUAUGGAUGGGGUGGAUGUAUGUACCCAGGUUGUGGUUGCAUCGGUGGAUGGAAAUGGCCAGUACCUUGCCACUUCCUCCACCACUCUCACCAUUGUGUCCCUUGCUGGACGCGUUCUAAUUCUCCAAAAGCGCAGAAUGUCAAAGAGGAAAAAGGGAAAGUCAGACAGGAUAUUUUUGGGCCUGACAGUGAUGUUAAGGAUCCCACAACAAGUCCUCAUUUGGAGGGUGCUGAAUUGCUACAUCAAGAGAUGCAAAGUCUGGCCAUGGGAUAUCCUGGCAUUGAGAAAAUACAAACACCUAUGGGUGAAAGUAAUCCAGCGCCACAGGAAUAUGCCAAUCAAGAAAAUGAGAACAACCAAGCACCUGAAGAAACGCCUUCUGAUGAAACAGCUGGGGAAAAUACAGCCCAAGCCACGCCAGAAGUAGCCACUGUAGUCGCUGGGCAGGAGGGUAUGGGGGCAACAGAAAAUCCAAAUGACUUGGGAUCGAUGCUUGGAAGCGUAGAGACUGGUCCGCAGCAACAAUCCACAAAUGAUAUAAUGUCCAGUUUUAACAUGAAUCCUUCUGAGGGAGAAAUGCCAGCGGACUCAUUUGGCGAUACUGGUAAGCUGUCUCUGUGCUAAUCGUCACAUUCCUUUAUAGAUUAAAGGCUUUGCACUCUUCGAGCUCCUUCCUGAUGAUUCGCCACUGCUUGGGUUUACGAGUUGAGCAAACAAGCUUCACGCCCGUUUUAAACAAUCUUUAUGGUUUAUGAGCAGUUUUUUUUAUCUAGAUACCCACUGCGUCCUUUUUAUCAUUUUUAACCUGGCAAGCUGAAUAUCGGCUAUUAAUGAUUUGCUCUUGCCUUGAGAGUUCUUAAUAUCUAGAAAAAUUUGGUCUCGAAAGAAAUAUGUAUUAUACUUUGUCAAAUUUUGUCUCAAAGGGGAACAGGGCAAAUAGCAGUCUUCUUAGUGGCAGUGAAUUGUUACAAUGGUUUGCUCCUCAUUCGCUACAUUCCGUUUUUAUUUUAAAGUCACUUCCAUAGUAUAACUCGUGUAGCCAGAUUUCUUGCUCGUCCCCAUUUAGUGGUGUAGAUUUUUUUUGGAGUAUCAAUAAAAUAUUUAAAGAUCUCCGAUAUUUACUCUCUCUUUUAAGGAAAUCCCAACGUUCCAAGUAUGUAUGGCCAAGAAAGUGAUGGACAAACCACCGAAGGUGCAUCACGCCGAGCUGAUAUUCCAAGUAUGGACGACAAGGCAGUGGUUAAGAAGCAAGCAGUGUCAUAUCCUUACAAUUACUUCUACCCCGGUUACAUGAUGCCUCAUAGCGUCACUCCUUAUUUGCAUUACACGCCAGUCAAUUAUGUAAGAACUAUUUUCAUCAUUGUCCCUACUCUCAAACCAUCGUCUAACUAACUCGGUUGUAGAGAAUCACGACAACUGUCGUAUUAGACAUUUUGCAAAGUAUUUUACCUUUCACAUACUAGUUAGCUAUUUGCACUAUGUCUGAAUUUGCUGCACAUCACCCACCCUUUCAAUCAACGACAUCGUCGACCUUGCGUCGCAAUGAAUGGAGCUGCAACUAUUUUUUUCACUCUCUCAUCAUCAAUCGGCAGUUUUCUAUUUUCUGCCUGGUUUGGCUGGGGAUUCCCUAUGCUGUUAAGCUUAUUUUCAGAACAACGUGAGAGAGUUACCUAUAGCUGCUCCAAUUUUUUCGACCAUUUCGUCGUUUAUUUCAUAUUAUUUAUUCCUAUUUGGGUCAUUUGGCUUCCCUACUCUUAUCAUACCUGUCUGGACGCUUGUAGCUUUCCCCGACCAAGUAUCUAUAUCCUUGCGUUCUAUUUAUCUCCUCCUGUAGAUCGCUGCUCAGCACAUGAUGACUUAUCCAACAUCCUAUCCCGUGGUGCACCCUUAUUCUAUGGUAGGUCCACAACUACUAAAUCAUCGUUCACAUUCAAUUCACGUGGGUGCACCUGAUGUUAACAUCGAUGUUCACACGACAAGGGAGCACGUGGCUCGGCACUCAGAGAAGCAAGUAAGGAAGUACUUGAUGUGUAUGUUGUCAUUUCCAGUGCUUUAGUAUUACACUAAAUAACCUGGCCAUUCUAUAACACCAAUUAAAAAUAGUAUCUUCAGGGUUAUUCUAAAUAGUUGUUCAUUAUGAUCCGUCAAAUCAAAACAGAAUAAAAAAGGUACAUAUGCCACGUGAGACCUCUUUUGUCUUUUUUUUUUUUAAAAUGGCAUAUCUCCGUGUUCCUUGUUACUCUUAUUGGCCAUGAUAGUUUCUUCAUCUGAUAAACAAUCCAAUAAAACACAAGAUUAGCUACCUUCAUCCCGUUAAAAACUCUCCACAACAGUUCAGUAAAUUUGUUCUCUCAUUCUUCCUGUGAAUACGAAUUAAGUUCUUAAGUUCUUAAGGCAGCGUGCCUGUAUUUCUCAUGCCGAAUAAAAUACAGUUGUUUCAGAUUUUUUUCUCCUGUUUCUUUUCAGAAAACGAGAAAGCUUAAACAAAUGAUGGGAGAUUUUUCCAGGAAACUAAAAGGCAAAAACAGCAAGUCGUCAAGAAGAAAGCGGGUGCACAAAAGGCAGAUAUCUUCCAUCGUCUCACCUCCAAUCAUAAAUCGGCCCAUGGGAUUUCCACCUUCACAGUUUAGGUCUUAUAAUUAAGAUAAUUCCUGAGUUAAAAAGACUUACCUAACCUAACUAACUCAUAAAAUUGGUAAUCAGAUAUUAAUUGCAAACGUGAAUCACAACUAAUACUAACUUCAGUAAGAUGCAUUUUUGAAAAGUGUUUUAACACUCUACUUUAGUCUUGAUUAAAUUAUGAAGUAAUGAAUGAUUUUCUCAAAAACGACAAAAACGAUAUAACUAUAACAUUUAAAUGAAGGGAAAUACUAUAUAAAUGAAGAGAUAAAGCUCGGCUGAAAGUGACAACAACAUACUGAGGGACACAACAUUUCAAAGAAGCAUUCGAAAUCAUGUUUGUGUAAUUUUGUAAAGAAAUGAAAUGCUAUUAAAAUGCCUAUAAGACCGAUGCUUUUUGUCGUAAAAGUGUCUUAUCAAUUAAGUAUAGAGGAUUGCACGUAAAUGUUUUCGAUAGGGGCAUGAUAGUUUGACAUUUUAUCAUUCACUGAGGUGCAUGUUCAAAUUUGAAGCAUGACUAAACUAGCUAUGUUUAGCAGUAUUUAUAUUAUACAUCUUGCGAGAAAGGAGUGGCUCAUGUCAUUCUUAGUCGAAAACAUUUACAUAUAUAUAUUCUCUAGUGUCAGAGACUAAGAGACCUAAAUGUUCAAGAACCAUCAUUCAUUUCGUGCAAAGAUGCCGCCCCUGAAAAAACCUACCUUGACCUCCAGAACCGGUGACGAAUGCGUCAUUCCUCUUCUCGCAAUUAAUACGCAUGCUCUGUUUGAGUCAAAUGUUAUUACGAUGCAUUUUAAAUUUCAGCAAUGUAAACUUGGUAUUCUUUUUUGUUAGAAACUUUUAACCGAAUUUAAUCAACCACAUGGAGUUCACUUACCUUCCGAAUUGUAAUGAGGGAAUUUUCAACAAUGAAAUUGAGAUACUUUUGAAACAGUUUCAAGAAAUAAAUUUCUUACCCUUUCUCUCUUUUUCAAGUCAAAACUGGAUUUAAAGGGGCUAUGUUACGGAUGCCUAAUUCCUUGCGGGGUUAAUAUUGCCAAAAAAUGCGUCUUUAUUCACGAAUGGACUUGACGUUAGCGAGGAAUUUACUUGUAGAUGACAAAAGCACAGCUUCGCAUUAAACAAAUAUCUCCUCGAAAGCAUGACAUCAAACGUUCCCAUCAACAAAAAUGAAUUUUGAAAACAAGUUUUCAAAGUCCGUUUUUUUUUCUUCAAAUUUGUCCAUCAGUGCCUUCUUUUGUGUUUGUUGUGUUAUUCAUAACUUCUUUUAAUGUUUUGAGCCGUUAAUUUUAAUGUUUUACUCAAUUUGGUGGCAGUAUAUUGUUUGAAUUGUGCUAAAUUUGGUGACACAGCUCCUUUAACUCAAUAUUAUUUUUUAUAAAAUCAUUCUGAUCCUGAUUCCGGACGUUUUGUGAUUGUAGAUACCCGGUUACAAAUACUCCAGGCCUCUUGGAACAAAGGUAAGCUGCUUCUACUUCUUUCCCCUCUUGAAAUGAAUGAUGGUUCUCUUUUUCACCAGUAUCUAGCAAACUAGCAAAAUUCAGAGCUGUUAUUUGAAACAAUAACGAUGAAACUGAAAAUUACUCUGAGUUGACAUUUUUAGUGCUAAUUUCACUGAUUAUCAGCCCCUAGUUAAAGAAUGAGGAACAGCGCGAGGUAAACAAAAAGUACUUUGAACCUCGUUGCUCUUUUGCUCGUAACCAGAUGGGAGCAUAUCGAGGGUGAUUAAGGUGGUUGAAACUCGUUGAAAAGAAAAAAAGAGUUAGCUUUUCAAGGGAUGAAAAUGAAGUAAUUAGUAUCUCUACUCUACCAUUGUUGGUGGAAUAGAGAUACUAACAAGUGCAAUGCCGCUCAAUGGUUCAAAAUCUACAUGUAUUCGUUAUUUUACCAGGUUUUAUAAAAUAGAAUGGCGUAACCCAAAGGAGAGACUGAACAUGGCCCUUAACCCCCCACCCCAUGGCCCCACUCUCCACCACUUAUUUUUGGCAAACUGAUGGGGUGUUUAUUAAUAAGCAAAGAAUACUAACACCAUAUAUUUUUUCAGAGAUAUUAAAGGGAGCGCCACUUGUGUGUUAAAAUUGUGAGCCCUGUGAUCUUAAAACAUUUUAGGAAUUAUCUCUGAUCUAAAGACCCAAAGGUUCUGAAGCGUUAGCUCGAAAUGUGUCUUCCUGAGAAUUAGGCAUCUUCAAACAUGUCCCAAAUCCCAUAACUCUAACAGUACAACCAAAUGUUAUGUAAGCAUUGGCCUUAGUAAAUCGUUUGAGCCACAAGACAACACAGUUCUUGGUGUGGUCUGGGCAUGUUUGAAAGUUCAUGUAGGCAUAAAUAGUUAGUAGGAUA